CCGCACCGCAGGGAGAUGUUUUGGGCGGCCUUCUGCUUGCGACAUGGCCGUAAAGCUGCCGCGAGAGGGGCGAGCGAGGCGCGAUGGCAGAGGCGGCGGCAGCAGCGGCUUCAAGUUUCUGCCCUCCCGCACAUUCUUGCAAUGAUUGGAUUGGUCCUCCUGACAGUCAGUCAAACCUCAGACCAAUAGUAUUUCAUAUUCCUAAAAAUGAAUCGCCACUGGGACGAAGACUUAGGGAAUUUAGACAGGAAACUCAAGUUUGGAACCAACAAUUCUGGGCAAGCCAGAAUGUGUCAUUCAGAAAGGGAAAAGAAGAAUUCAUUUACUCAAGACUGAAGGCUAAAGGUCUGGAAAUGAAAGGUGAAACAGGUCAAAAGGUAACAUUGAGUGCAGAAGAAAUGGCAGAUUUUUACAAGGACUUUUUAAGUAAAAAUUUUAAAAAGCAUAUGUGUUAUAACAGAGAAUGGUACAAACGUAAUUUUACUAUCACAUUCCUCAUGGGACAAGUGGCCUUUGAGAGGGCAUGGAGGAGGCUUGGCUGGAAAAAGACGAAAGUUGGAAAUUAACGCUCACCAGUCGUAUAGAAAACAACAACACAGUAAAGGCUGUUGGACUGACACACUGUCUGUGGUCACAUUCAGACUCUAGUUGCUGUGGCAGUAAUUCACUGUUUACUCUGUAUAUCGGGCCACAUGAAUGAAAAUAGCUGCUGAUCUUGACUUUGCAUUACCGUGUUGCACCAGAACAUUAAAAAGUAUGCCCAACCAAAAGCUAUAUUGGCAAUUUAUCAACAGCCUAAGGGCUGCACAUAAUUUACACACAAUGGAACAGAUUGCAGCCACCUUCAUCAUUAAUCUGGUGGUGCAGCCCAUAGAGACUAUAUGAUCCAACAUACCAUGAUUCAUCUUGUUCCACAUCCUGUAGUCUCCAUGGGCCAUAUCAGUAUAUAAAAGAUGGAAGUGGCCAUGGUCUGCACUGGCUGCAUGGGCUACAAUUUUGCCACCCUGGUAUAAUCAUCGUAGAGGUAAGUGCAGUUUGUGAUUAUACAUUGAUUAAAUUUAAACUUAGAUUUUUUAACACAUUCUUAUUUAGAGUGAUUUGAAUCCCUUUUUUAAAGUAAUACUUAAAAUAUUAUGUAGAUUUAAUACCCUUAUAAAUGACCAAAACAGCUGAAUCUUCUUGAUUGAUCUAUUCUUGUGAAAACAAACUUGUUGACUAAGUGAUGUCUCAGUUGUCAGAGCUCAGAUGAAUAAAUUUAAGAUUUUUUAGUUUUAAAGUAAAUAAAAUCUAAACAUUGUAGUUGUUUAGAGCCUGAUCACAUGGCAUGCUUGACCAAUUGCUUGGCAUCAGCAAGGGUCGCAAUCCUCAUCAGGUGGCCCAUAUUUCUAUUAAAAUAAUCAGAUCCAAAUAUACAGAGCUCAAAACUCUAGAUGGGAAUGGGCACUAACACAAUAUUUCCUCGUCGUGCACAUGUGUAUACACACCCUCCAGCCCUGCAAAAGUUACUUUGUCAAAACAGCACAUUUGGAGUUCUGCAGGUUUAGGGGAUGCGUCUGGGGAAUGAGGGGGAAUGGCCAAAGGAUGUCUCUGUGGAGCAUCAUCUGCUAGCAUUUGUUUCCAUGCUGUCAUACCUCCUCAAAGGAGGCGUAGAGGCCAAGGCUUAAUGUCUCAGCCCUCUAGAGAUGUUUUGAGAUCCACAGAAUAAUCUUGCAGUACUCAGGGCAUCCAUGAAUUUGGAAGGUCACAGCUCAUGCAAGUAAAUUAUUAAACAUGCAGCUUUUCUUUAUCUUUCUGUAAAGAUUUUUCACAUAAACCCCAUGUGUGGUUCCUGCAUUGACCCACUAAUGGCCCUAUAAUAUGGUCUACUUAUGCCAGGGCACCCACAUAAUGACUUAUGGGGUUAAUGGUCUGUUGGCUAAAUGAUCUGUUAAUUUUCAAGUUGUGAUUAUGAGCCCUGAUACAACAUGUAUCAGUAAUAUUGUGAUCUGACUUAAAUCAAUAAGAGAAAAUUUUGUAUGUAAAUCUAAAUACCCAAGUGAACUCCUGCUUUGGAUUCUAUUUUUUUUCUAUCAACACAAAAGCUGUGUCAGCCUGUUUUGCCUAUUCUCUUUGCUCUUUCUAUCUUAUAAUACCAAUGUAAUACUGCUAUGUUUCCUUGGACAUAAUGGUUAUGAAAGUUGCAUAUUAGUAGUUUAAGUUUGGAACUGGCUCCGCUGUAUAUUUAUUACAAUAUUUUGUUAGAAAUGUCUUAUCCUUUUCAGAAUAUUUUAUCUUGCAAUAAAGCAUUAGACAUGUUAUGUGUAA